AUGCAACACCAGGGAACAUGGAACGAGCAAACCGCAAAAGAGAAUAUGAAAGUCUAUAAGAUUGCGCCAGGAAUUUUCGCUCCUUAUUUAACCAACCUCUUCGUCCACCAUCCUUUCGAGCGGAAACGCACGACACAAACGGCGCUUAAAAAGUCUCACCCUACGAUCUACGCCCUCAUCCAAAUCAACGGCCAUUCCUCAGUCGCCAUGCGAGAAGCAGGCGAUUCCCCGUUCAUGGCAUUGCCAACCGAACUGCGGUGUCAAAUCUACAGCUAUCUGCCGGACAUCGCCUACGAGCCCAUUUUCCCCGAGCCCAUUUUCCCCGAGCCCGGCAUCUGCAGCUGUGAAGUAUAUCGAAUGCCAACCGCAAUACUACAGCUUAACAAGACUAUAUACGAAGAGGUGAAGCAUCCCUCGAUACAGAAGCCCAUACAGAAGGCCAAUGAUCAGCUUCUACCAAGAAUUGUUCUCGGUCCGACACGCACUGAGAUAGAUCCUGUAUACAUCGCGCUCUCGCAUAGCUUCCACUGGGCCGGCGUACACCUCUAUACCUUUCUAAAUGGGCCCAAAAACUACGGUAACGAGAGGAUCGAGAAUAUCGGCCUUUACCUCGAUACAUGGUACAACAAUACGUCUCUGAUCGGGCGGUUUCCUGGUAGAUAUGAAGAUGAUUUCGUUACCCCGGCUGGGUGCAUGACCGAGCGCUUGGACAGGUUUGUGAGGCAAACCUUGAAGAGAAUGGUGAAUAGGAAGACGAGCGACAUUCGCUUUCGGAUCUUGGUACACCCAUUCGGACCGCUUCCUGCGCGACGAAAUAUGUCCGGAGAUCGUUUCUCCAACUACACAUUCUACGACUCAGUGGCUGCGCUUGCCGCUGUACAGCGAGCGCGGGGUAAUGGGACGGACCGCGAAUACCAUCUAGCAAAGGCGCGCACGAGAGAGGUCACGGCUUGUUUGGCAUCUCUAUGUCUCUAUUGCGAGAGUUUCACCCGAAGUGAUUCACCUGUACCUAGUCUACGCCAGUACUAG